UUUCGACUUUCGAGUUUCUACGUAACUAAUCUGACAAUUGACAUUUCUGGAAUCUGGAUUUUGAUUUGUGAAAUCUGAUAACAACAAAUUCUCUGUGUACUAUUAAAAUUAUUGAAUACAGGCAGCAAGUAUCUAAAGCACUUUAAAAUGUCCAGUGUAUCAAAGAGAAGAAAAGAAGGCACUAGAGCCAAGAUCAAGAGUAUGGGUGAUCACAGGGAGUUCUUAAAGAGAAUUUCGAAAACAUUAUACUAUGGACAAUUGCCGACUUUGCCCUGCUUGAGCCUUCCAGUUACUGAGAUAUCUUGUGAGGUAUGGUCGAUGGCGCAGCGUGGUCACUCGGUGCGGCGCCUGCACGCAGACCGCGCGGCCGCCAUCGCGCGCUCCGCCUGCGUGUCGCCGUGCGCUCUUGUGCUCGCCAUUCUCUACCUUGAGAGGCUAAAACGCUGCAAUCCUAACUACCUCGCCGCAACACCCCCAGCUGAUCUCUUCCUUGUCUCAUUGAUGGUAAGCAAUAAGUUUCUCCAAGACGAUGGUGAGGAAGAUGAAGUGAUAUGUUCGGAGUGGGCUGCCUCGGGCGGCCUGGACUUGCAGCAGCUGAAGAAACUUGAAGCAGAAUUCCUGAACGCUAUUGAUUGGAAUGUGUACAUCAGUGAAAAGUCCUUCGAAUCGGGCCUCUCGUGGCUGGAGCGGCAGGUGGCAAUGAAGCAAGGCCACCUGCGCGGCUACUUCACGUACUCGGACCUGGUGGCCAGCUACGACCCCGCGCUGCUCCGCGAGCUGCUCCGCUCCGUGUCGGCGGCCUGCUUCGCGCUCACGCUCAGCUACGUCACCAGCUUCAUGACCCUCGUCACCUCCACGCUGGUGAUCUCGCACGCCUGGCUCCCCACGCUGCAGUACAUCGCCGCGAGGGGCUCGCUCUCCACCGCCCUCGACGCCAGCCUACGCUCCCAGCCUCAGCUCCUCACCAACACCACCAUCGAUCUCAAUACAGACUUCAUACCGGAGGACUCCAUUAAUAUAGACGCCCUGAGGUGUUGCGAAAAAUGGCAGAAAUAUCAAGACAAUUUGCAGGAUAAGAAGACUUGGUACAAUGGGGCUCGAUCGGACGAUUUGAAACUGUUUGAGUCCUGGUGGUCGAAGACGUCUGUUCUGAAUUGGUUGUAUCAGAGUUCACUAAUCAAUCCGAUGCAGAAAUGGUUGGAAAAGAUCAAUGAAUAUGCAGAUUUAAUAAAGAACAAAAUAGAGAGCGAGAAAUCAAAUGACCAUUGCAAUAGUUUUAUGCGGAUGACAGACAGACAGCAUUGCAUUCAACAGAGGCUCAAUUUUAGUAAAUUAAGUUUAUUUGCCGCUUCCGUUUCGGAUCGGUGAAUAUUGUGUAGUUGAUGCUCAAAGUGUCCUCUCUCCUUUAUCUUACACUGUAUUUAAAAAUGUUAAAAAAAUGGAUGUUUCCACUAAACUUUAACCAAUAAUAAAUUGUAACAAAAUUCUUAAUAAACACUUCGUCGUAACCACGAGAAGUUAAAUACGAGGGCAACUGAAAUAAAACAGUUUCCUUAUUUUACUAGAAACUUCGAUCUUUGUAAUGAAAACAAAAAUAGCGCUAACUUUUCUAUGUAUUAUAUUUUUACAUCAUAAUAUGUUUUCAUAUAAUAAAUUCUAAAACCCUA